GCAGCUGCGAAGGAGAGCGGGCCGAGCAGCCUUGCGCGCGCGGCGGGGAUGGAACGUUGCUAGAAUUCGCGGGUCUUGCAGCUGGGGCUCGAUUCGCAUGCUAGGAACCGCCGCGCGCCAAAGCGGGAAUCCGGGAGGAAGGCAGCUCUGCAAUUAAUGCACGUAUUUAAAACUCCCGAACCUGUGGACGCCAUGCACAGGAAGCACCUCCAGGAGAUUCCGGACCAGAGUAGCAACGUUUCCACCAGCUUCACGUGGGGAUGGGAUUCCAGCAAGACUUCCGAACUAUUGUCAGGCAUGGGAGUCUCAGCCCUGGAGAAGGAGGAGGUGGACAGUGAGAACAUCCCCCAGGAACUGCUCUCAAACCUGAGCCACCCGCAGAGCCCCCCACGGAAACGGCUGAAGAGCAAAGGGAAUGACAAAGACUUUGUGAUUGUUCGCAGGCCUAAACUGAAUAGAGAGAACUUUCCGGGUGUUUCAUGGGACUCCCUGCCGGACGAGCUGCUUUUGGGCAUCUUUUCCUGUCUGUGCCUCCCUGAGCUGCUAAAGGUCUCCGGGGUUUGCAAGAGGUGGUAUCGCCUAGCGUUUGAUGAGUCGCUAUGGCAGACGUUAGACCUCACAGGUAAAAAUCUAAACCCAGAUGUGAUUGGUCAGUUGCUGUCUCGAGGAGUGAUUGCCUUUCGCUGCCCACGAUCAUUUGUGGACCAACCAUUGGUAGAACAUUUCAGCCCUUUUCGUGUACAGCAUAUGGACCUGUCAAACUCGGUCAUGGAUGUGUCUAUCCUCCAUGGCAUUCUGUCUCAGUGCUCCAAGUUACAGAAUCUGAGCCUGGAAGGCCUGCGGCUUUCGGAUCCCAUUGUCAAUAAUCUUGCACAGAACUCAAACUUAAUUCGCCUAAACCUUUCUGGGUGUUCUGGAUUCUCUGAAACGGCCCUGAAGACUUUGCUAAGCAGCUGUUCCAGACUGGAAGAGCUGAACCUCUCUUGGUGUUCGGACUUCACUGAAAAGCAUGUCCAAGUUGCUGUCACGCAUGUGUCAGCGACCAUCACCCAGCUGAAUCUUAGUGGCUACCGAAAGAAUCUCCAGAAGUCAGAUGUCUCUACUUUAGUUAGAAGAUGCCCCAAUCUUGUCCACCUCGACUUAAGUGAUAGUGUCAUGCUAAAGAAUGACUGCUUUCAGGAAUUUUACCAGCUCAACUACCUCCAACAUCUAUCACUCAGUCGAUGCUAUGAUAUAAUACCUGAAACUUUACUUGAACUUGGAGAAAUUCCCACCCUUAAAACACUACAAGUUUUUGGAAUUGUGCCAGAUGGUACCCUUCAACUGUUAAAGGAAGCCCUUCCUCAUCUACAGAUUAAUUGCUCCCAUUUUACUACCAUUGCCAGGCCAACUACUGGAAACAAAAAGAACCAGGAGAUAUGGGGCAUCAAAUGCCGACUGACACUGCAAAAGCCCAGUUGUCUAUGAAGUAUUUAUUGCAGAAUGGUUGUCCCUUUUUUUUUGGAACAGGAGAAAAAGGCAGGAAGCCCAAGUGCUAGAGCAUUCAGCUGGUUUUAUUCUUGGUUUUCCUUUUGCCUUCAUUCUGCAAGUAUUAUUAGGGAACCAUUUCAGAGGGAAAAACUAUGAAGUCUUGCUUGUUUGAAAUGAUUAUCAAAGCUUUUGUCAUUGCUUUGUUCUUAAGAGCUAAAGUUCUAGGCCUUAUGAAAUUUUAGGAGAACAAGUCUGUAAUUUCUUAAAGAACGAAAAUUGAGCCACCUCUUCCAAGUGCCCUUAUUAAGUCUGUUCAGAAUCAGUCUUAAAAAUUACCACUGGCAAACAGUUUCCAUAGCCUAUGUGGUAUCUUUUAUCUAUUUAACUUCUCAAUAUUGCUUUAUAAGAUAUACCUUGGAAAACAAUAAGCUAUUUUGUAUUGUAAGCUAAACAGAAAGCAAAUCAUAGGAUAGUAGAAUUUGAGGCAAUCGCCUCUGGGGAUAGGGGAAAAAAUACAUUUUAGUUUUGCCUUUAAGUUAAAAUUAGGUUAAGAGAAAUAAAUAGGCACGUGUAAAAUUUACCUUAAAAUCUAAAUAAAAAACAAAUAAAAGAACAACCAGAGGUAUAGAAUUGAUACAGGAUUUGAAGGUUCAAGAGAUAAUUUCUUAUGUCAGGUUAAUUUGAAAUAUACUUUCAUGUUCAUUAAGGUACUGUGCUCCCAGAAUUCUAAAUUAUGUGAAAAAUAAUUUUGGUUUUCUAACUUCAUAAUUGAAUUAUGUCAUCAUGGGUUCUUUGGCUUUUAAAAUGACUUGCUUUGUUUUAGAAAGAUUAUAUUAACUCAGUCUCUCUUCUUGAAGAGUUGCAUGGAAGAAUACUGAAGUUGCCUGCUGUUUUUCUUUAGUGCUGAGGUUCUUGAGGUUAUUUUUAUAUUACUCUGGAAUCAAGUAUUUUAAAUUGCCUUUUUUUUUUACUGGUCUCUUACAAUAAUUGUCUGAAAUGAUCCAUCUUACAAGGUAUGGAACCUAAAGUUCCCUAAUAAGAACUGUAUGUUCCCUUCAAUCAGAAAUACACACUACUAGCAGGUAUGUUCAUGCAGUUCCAGAGCAGUAAGCACUACUUGUACCCAAGGGAAAGCUAAGGUUCAGAUGUUGAACUUUUAGAUAGUAUCAGUGAAUUUGUUUUUAAGUUGGUACAUAGAUGCAAAAUGAUUAAAUUCUUUUUAAAAUCACAGAAAACUAGUUUAAAUUGAUGACCUCAUAUUUUUAAAAUGCAACAAAAAAGCCAAACAUCAUUUCUAUUAACUUUUUUUAAAAAUCAAAAUUCUUAAAUGUUACAUGUAAUAGCAUAAAGUGCCCUUAUCUGCUCAGACCUAAGGAAGAACAUUUUAAAGUAGUGUUACACAGGAAAUGAUUAUGCUUCAAUUUCUUUCAUAGGUAGAAAGUGCUAAAUACUACUUGAAAUUAUUGUUUACAGAUUAGGAUGAGGGCUGAUGAUAGCGUCCGGUUGGACUGGACUCUGACUUCCGGGAAGCCCUCAUACACGCAGUACUUCCAAACUCAAGUCCAGCCAUAAGCUAUUUUGCCAACAUGUCAGAGUAAUCCAUAUUUUUGUAUGUGAUUCUACUUUUAUAGACUUGUUUUAAAUAAAACACAUUUUUAUAAAAAUAAGUACUUCAACUAAGUCGUAUUCUUUUUUUCUUCCUCUUUUGUUCUUAAGUACUGUGGUUAAAAUUAGAAAGCAUUCAGUGUGGUAUGCCAUUUAGUUUAGAGGCCUGUGAAGUUAAGACCUUCAAAAGAGAGCUUAACAAUGGUGCUUUUUGACCUCUGCUUCAUGCUUAUCAAAUUAAACUUAUAGUUGAUGAUGCUUUUUGAAAAGGUGCUAAAUAUAGGCUUAUUGGCCCUAAUGUGCUUUCAAAAGUAAUAUAUAACAUUUGAGGGCGGCGCCUGUGGUUCAGAGGAAUAGGCACCAGCCUCAUAUGCCGGAGGUGGCAGGUUCAAACCCAGCCCCGGUCAAAAACUACAAAAAAAAAACAUUUGAAUUCAAGUGAUUAAUGUGAUAGCCAAGUACUAUGAAUAAAAGCCAACAAGUAGCACUUUUUGAAUGUAGACUUGAUCCCCUUAUACCAUGUAUUUUACUGUCAUUCAGAACCUACUUGAAAAGUUUACUCUGUGCACAGAGGUCUUCCAGGAAUUCAAUGCCUUUGACUUCAUCCAUUCAAAUGAUGAAAAAGUGAUUCUUGAAUUAUCACCCAGUUUUUUGGUUCUUCUUUUACAUUACUACUACCACUACUAUGCCUCAUUUUUGUUUUUGUUUAAAAUGAUGAAAAAUGUCAAAUAAAUGCAAAAUAUAGAGAAUAUGAUAACCCCCAUCAUCCAGUUUCAACAAUCAUUAAUUCCUGGCCAAUCUUACUCUAUACGUGAUCUCAACCCCUCUGCUACACACACACACAGAUUAUUUUGAAGCAAAACCCAGACCUAUGAUUUCAUAAAUACUUUAAUAUAUGCCUCUGAAACAUAGGGCUUCUUUGGAAUCAGUUCUGAAGCAUUAAAUAUCCAGAUGGUGUUAAAUUCCUCAGUUGUCACAAAUGUUUUUUUGUAUGGUCCACACAUUGCAUUUGAUUGAUAUUCUUAGUCUUUGGAUUCCUUCUCUUUUUUUCCCUUGCAAUUUAUUUAUUGAAGAGACUGAGUCAUUUGUACUUUUCCACAUCCCUUAUUUUGCUGAUACUGUCCCUGGAGUGACACUUUAUUACUCUGUCCUCUAUUUUCAUAAAAUGGUAGUUAUAUCUAGCAGCAGAAAGCUCUAGACCAAGAGGGAUUUUUGUCCCUCAAGACGACGUUUGUCAUAAGAAGAAAGGUGCCACUGGCUUUUAGCCAGUAGAAGCUGAGGUGCUGCUAACCAUCCUAAAACACAGGACAGCCCCCCUCAACCAAGAAUUCUCUGGUCAAAAUGUCAGCAGUGCCAGCAUUGAGAAAUCCUGCUCCAGAGAGUUACCUCAUCAAGUUCCUUUAGCAAGGAUAUUCUUAGUAAGUAGAGUAGCAUUCAUUACAUUCUCCCAUGAAGAGAUGCUACACCUGGUGUUCUUUAGGAUGCUAGCAUCUGUCUCUUUUUUCAUUUUCUCUUUAUGGUCUCUUGGGCCUUUGAUUCUUCACUCUCGUAUACCCUAUCCACAAGUUCCUGAAAUAUGAGGGAUGAUUAGCACAUAUUCAACUUCACUUCUGCAUAAAGUGUGUCUUUUCUGUUCUGGUGAAGAACUCAAUUGGAUUCCAACAUUUAUUGACCAUCUGCAAUAGAAAGGAUUCUGUGUGAGCAACAGCACAAGGAAAGCAUAUAAGGCAUUAGUCUAGGAACUGGGAAAACUAGAAAGGAACCCCUUGUCACUGGGUACCCCAACAAUGCAGCAAGCAAAAAGGCAAACUCCUUUUCUUCCCCACCUAGCCAAAUAUCCCAGAAGUCAAAAGGUUUUUACCAAGACACUAACCAUUCAAGAUACAGGUCCAAGAUAUAAAAGCCUGUAAACUUAUUUUAUGGGCUUGUUUUGUGUUAAUUUUUACAUUUUACUGAAUCUAAAUAUGAAAAUGCUAAUAUUUUUAUAUUUUCCAAAAUAUCAAAAUAUCUAAAUUGUAAUUUUAGGCCUUAAAAUCAUUAUAUUUAAGGUAUUCAGUGAUUUUCUUAAAAAUAUCUUAGAGCUCCUAACGCUAAAAACUCAUUAGUUAUCUUAGAAAACUUAACCCUUCUCAUUGACUAAUGCUGUAAUGCCUCAUGAGUAUUUUUAAAGUUAAGAAUAAACUGUAGUUGAAAAUUGAGGUUUUUAACUCAAGUAUUUUGAAAUAAAAAAAUGUGUUAACUGGCCCUUAUUUAAAAAAUGAAAUCAAUGUAAAUUUUUGUAUGGUAAGACUAUAUAUUAGUAAAACGUGUAUUAUUAUGAUUUGUUGUACGGUGGCCAUGACUAUAAAUACAUAUCGAUUAUCAAAACUACUGAGUCAAGAUUAUCUAUAAAAAUCUACAUUUACCAGGUAAGCAUUCUGCCCACUAAUUAAAUGACCAAUCAUUUUAUGUCAAAUGUCAGAAGUGAGUGUAGUCAAUGGGGCACUGAAUAUUACAUAGUAGUGGAGAAAAGAUUUUUGGCUGGGCAAGGGGCUUAAAGAGAAACUUCUCUGAAGAAGACAGGCUCGCGGCCUACAGACACAUGAAAAAAUGCUCAUCAUCCUUAAUCAUCAGAGAAAUGCAAAUCAAAACUACUCUGAGAUAUCAUCUAACUCCAGUAAGAUUAGCCCAUAUCACAAAAUCCCAAAACCAGAGAUGUUGGCGUGGAUGUGGAGAAAAGGGAACACUUCUACAUUGUUGGUGGGAAGGCAAACUAAUACGUUCCUUUUGGAAAGAUGUUUGGAGAACACUUAGAGAACUAAAAAUAGACCUGCCAUUUGAUCCUAUAAUUCCUCUACUAGGUAUACAUCCAGAAGACCAAAAAUCAUAUUAUAACAAAGAUAUGUACCAGAAUGUUUAUUGCAGCCCAAUUCAUAAUUGCUAAGUCAUGGAAGAAGCCCAAGUGCCCAUCGACCCACGAGUGGAUCAAUAAAUAGUGGUACGUGUAUACCAUGGAAUAUUAUGCAGCCUUAAAGAAAGAUGGAGACUUCACCUCUUUCAUGUUUACAUGUAUGGAGCUGGAACAUAUUCUUCUUAGCAAAGUAUCAAGAAUGGAAGAAAAAGUAUCCAAUGUACUCAGCCCUACUAUGAAACUAAUUUAUAGCUUUCAUAUGAAAGCUAUAACCCAAUUAUAUAGCCCAAGAAUAUGGGGAAAGGGGAGGGGAGGAGGAAGGAUGGGUCGAGGGAGGGUAAUUGGUGGGACCACACCUACGGUGCAUCUUACAAGGGUACAUGUGAAACUUACUAAAUGUAGAAUAUAAAUGUCUCAACACAAUAACUAAGAAAAUGCCAUGAAGGCUAUGUUAACCAGUUUGAUGAAAAUAUUUCAAAUUGUAUGUAAA